AUGGGUGUCAAGCUGUUGCCGUCCGGCUCGUCGCCGCCUCCGCUGUCGCGGGUGGCCGCCUCCGCGGCGCACGGCGAGGACUCCUCCCCCUACUUCGCCGGGUGGAAGGCCUACGACGAGGACCCCUACGACGCCGCCGUGAACCCGGACGGCGUCGUUCAGAUGGGCCUCGCGGAGAACCAGGUCUCCGUCGACCUCCUCGAAGGGUACCUCCGGGAGCACCCGGAGGCGGCCGCCUGGGGCUGCACCGGCGCCGCCGCCGGCGCCGGCGGCGACAGCUUCCGGGAGAACGCCCUGUUCCAGGACUACCAUGGCCUCGACAGCUUCAGGAAGGCCAUGGCCAGACUGAUGGAGAAGAUAACGGGCGGCAAGGCGACGUUUGACCCCGACCGCAUCGUGCUCACCGCCGGCGCGACGGCGGCCAACGAGCUCCUGACGUUCAUCCUCGCCGACCCUGGAGACGCGCUUCUGAUCCCUACUCCUUACUACCCUGGGUUCGACAGGGACCUGCGGUGGAGGACGGGCGUCCACGUCAUACCGGUGCACUGCGACAGCGGCAACGGGUUCCAGGUCACGGCCGCCGCGCUGCAGGCGGCGUACGACGAGGCCGCCGCGGCGGGCAUGCGCGUCCGCGGCGUGCUGAUCACGAAUCCGUCCAACCCGCUCGGCACGACGGCGAGGCGGGCGGUGCUGGAGGACAUCCUCGACUUCGUCGCGCGGAAUAACGUGCACCUCGUCUCCGACGAGAUUUACUCCGGCUCGGCGUUCGCCGCGCCGGACCUCGUCAGCGUGGCGGAGCUCGUCGAUUGUCGCGCCCGACGCCACGGUGGCGGCGGCGACGACGGCGUCGCCGGCCGGGUGCACGUCGUGUACAGCCUGUCCAAGGACCUGGGCCUGCCGGGGUUCCGCGUCGGCGUGGUGUACUCGUACAACGACGCCGUGGUGACCGCCGCGCGGCGCAUGUCGAGCUUCACCCUCGUGUCGUCGCAGACGCAGCGGACGCUGGCGGCGGUGCUGUCCGACGAGGCGUUCGUCGACAGCUACAUCCGCGCCAACCGCGACCGCCUCCGGGAGCGGUACGACCACGUCGUGGCCGCGCUGGCCGGCGCCAGCGUGCCGUGCCUGCGCAGCAACGCCGGGCUGUUCGUGUGGAUGGACAUGCGGCGGCUGCUCGGGGACGGCGAGGGCGAGGCGACCUUCGCCGACGAGCUGAGGCUGUGGGAGAAAAUGCUGCGCGAGGCGAAGCUCAACGUCUCGCCGGGGUCGUCGUGCCAUUGCUCGGAGCCCGGCUGGUUCAGGGUGUGCUUCGCCAACAUGCGCUUGGCCACGCUGGAUGUUGCACUGGCGAGGAUAAGCCGCUUCGUGGACAAGUGGACCAAAUCAACCGUGGGUAAAAUCAACAAUUUACAGCAUAGUAUAUGUGAUGUGAAUUGGUUAUUACUCGAUCGAUACCAUGGGUCGAUGCGCGUGUACAACAGUAAUUAA